AUGUGUGGGAAGGAAGGGAGAAGGGAAGGGGAACCAUUGCGUGCUUCAACGAACGCAUACAUUGAGCUCUACGAUACUUCUUCACAUAAGGAGAGGUCUGAGUUGCCCCAAAAGCUUCCAGAAUAUAGCGAACGACGUAGAAGGACUAGAGCAGUGGCUACAGGUACUAACUCAGGGCCGGAAAGAAAAGCGUGCGUUAUAGGUUGUGCUUGUCCUCUACAUCUGCUUCUUCGUUCUUUCUGGAAAGGAAGCAGAGGAUCAUUUCCAAAAUGUCUUGGUGCUUGA